AUGAAGAUCUCCCUUCGUCUCCAAGACGACCAAGACACCCAACACUACUGCAACCCACUGAUCAGAGCCAAAAUCCCCAUCACCAUUUUCAACCAGCCUUUCACGUCUUCAAUAGCCACCGUCCCAUCCACCAACUCCUCCUCUCACCUCUCCUUUUCUCUCUCCUCAAACUUCUCUUCCGGCCCUUCUCUCAAACUCUCUUACUCUCACACCUCCACCACCACUCCCUCUCCCUUCUCUCUCUCCCUCAAGUCUGGUUUGGGCCUCUUCGGCUCCCCAAACCACUCCCCUCUUGUUUUCACUGCCCACUUCUCUCUCUCCCACACGAACCCAACUUUCUCUCUCCACAUCAAGCCCCAAUUCGGCAACUUUUCACUGAAAAAGUCCGCCUUUUCGGACUCUGAGCUUUCUGGGUCUUGCUCAAACGGUGAUUUGGAUUCUGGGUCCUGCUCAAACGGUGGUUUUGUGGAUGGGUUUGCUGUCUCGGAAGGGUCGUCUUCUUGGCAGGAGCUGAGUUUGGAGCCUCGUGGGGGUAAAGAUGUGAAUGGGGGGAUUGGGUCUGUGGAGGAGAGGCAGUUGGGUUUGAAGAACGGUGGGAAAGAUGAGUUUUUGAAUGGGAUUGCUGUGAUGGCCAGGACUGUUUUGCCUGUGACGAAAAGAGUGAUGGUGAAUAUGAGGUGGGGGGUGAACUUUCCGGUGAAGUUGGGGACCAAGCUGCCGUAUUUGACAGUGAAUAAGAUUGCUGUGGAGACAGUUGAGGAGGUGAAGGGAGAGGAGGAGAAGAGUGGUGAGAGUAGUGUAAAGGAUUUGGAAUUGUUGAAGGGGAUGUGGUUAUGGGUGAGGAGGGAUUUGGAGGUUUUGGACAAGGAGAAUAGGGAUAUGAAGCAGAGGUUGGAGGAUAUGAAGUCUGGAGUUUCUGGGAGGCAUUUUCGUGGGGAAAGUGAUGCUUCUAGGAAGAGAGUUUUGCCGCCGUUGGGUGAGACUUCUGGUGAGUUUGAGAGGUGGAGGAACAAGAAGGGUGGGAGAGAAGAGAAUGUGCGAACAGAGUCUCACACGCCGGUGAAGAGUGUCAGAGAAGAGAGUAUUCGGGUGGAUUCGAAGAAGUCUACCAAUCAGGCAAGUGAUUUGGAAUCUGAAUUGGAGAGAGCUAUAAAGGCUGCUACGGCUUAG